AACACAAAGGCCGGUCACCAUGUUGAGUUUCCUCUUCAGGGUCUACACCUUCUUCCUGGGCUUCCUCUACCCUGCGUACGCCUCGUACAAGGCGAUCGAGAGCGAUGCCAAGAACGACGACACCCAGUGGCUCACCUACUGGGUCGUGUACUCCGUGCUCAUGAUCGCCGAGUCCUUCGCGGACUACAGCGUGUUUUGGAUCCCGGGCUACCGCUUCGCCAAGUGCGGCUUCAUCUUCUGGCUCGCCUCCCCUCGCUUCAAGGGCGCUCUCAUGCUCUACGACAAGUGCAUCCGCGAGACUCUCAAGAAGGCUGAGCCCAUCAUCGACUCCGUCUCCGCCCAGCUCGCCAAGGGCGACCUCUCUGCGGUGCAGAAGGAGCUCGCGCCGGCGACGGAGCUCCUCCAGAAGUACGGUUCGGAGGCGUUCGAGAAAGGGAUGACGGCCGCCGCGGGUGCCGCCAAGCUGGCGCAGGAAGAGCUCGCGAAGGCCAACGCCAACGCGCCCAAGAAGGAUUAAACACCACCGACAUCCAGGUCGCCACCCGGGUCGCAGCGCGGAGGCUACGUCUCCGUGCUCCCCAACCCGCCGGUGAAGAUCGACGGCGGCUGUACAUAGGCUCCCACGCAAACACGUAGCGGAAGUAGUGUGUUUGUGAACGAUGAGAUCACACGCGAA